AUUGCUGUAUGAUUUUAUUUUGAAUCUGAACAUUUUUAUAUAAAUAAUACAAUAUUUAGAGAAAUUCGUGAUACUCUAUCUUAAAAGAUUAAAAAUCGUAAAAGGAGAAAUUGUGGGAAAUUGAGAUUAAAAUUGUAAUCUUCACUGGACUCACAUUUGUGACUCACGCACUUCAACAUUAUCUUCCACAGAAGAGUACCAUAAACUUGUUGAGGUAUGUGAUGGAGCCUUGACGCCGGAUAAUAUAAAAAUAAUAAUAUCCCAAAAUGAGAUCUGAUAAUCCGCUUCGCCGCAAGUUAAAAUUUGCAAUUCAAGCGGAGAUCUUACGAUCGCAUCAACGGGACGUCGAUUUCACAGAACAUCUGCGGGAGAAAUUAUUCGAGAUAUUGCAAAAUUUUGGAUUACACAAAAAAUGGUAUCAAUAUGUUCAACUCGACGCUCCGCUCAAAUUAAUUUACUUUGCUUUCACGUCAGGCAUGGGUAAUCAAACGUUGGGUGAGGAAUACACUGGUAUAGUGCAAGCUAACCUAGAGCAAUUUAAGGUCCCAUCGCUGACUGUAAGAAUAUUAGCUAUUAUUUUGGAAAUUUUUGGAGAAAGGAUAUUACUUAAACUUCUGAGACACCUGCAAGCACGUGUUAAUGAACCAGACAAUGAGUUGACACCAGAGGCAGUAACAUUCUUGAAUAUCUUCUUAUUCAAGUUACGUGCCAUAGUACCUUUAUUUAUAUUAUUUCACAAAGGGAUAUUCUAUAUAUAUGGUAGAUUCUACAGUUGGGGUAGAAGAAUCACUAGCUUAGAUUAUGCAAAGGUAUAUGGUCAACAAGUAGUCACUGUCAGUUGGGGAUUGAAAUUACUAGGAAUUACUACUAUAAUUCAAUGUCUAUUAAAAAUUUGGCAAAAUGACAUGCCACAGAACAUUACCACUAUUCCAAAUUCACUUAAUGUAAACCAUACUAGUCAUACUUGCCAACUAUGCCUAGAGACAGCAGCAACAACAGCAACAUUAUGUGGUCAUUUAUUUUGUUGGGAUUGCCUUAGUAACUGGUUACGUAACAAACCACAAUGCCCAUUUUGCAGAGAACAUGUGCUACCAUCACGAAUUAUACAUUUAAUGAAUCUUUAACUUCUUAUAUAAAAAAAUAUAUAUAUAUACUUUUUUAAUGUAAUAUGAGAACUCUGUAGUUUAUUGUACAUAAUAUGUAAACAGGGUAUAAUCAUAAAAUAAAAACUCUAUAUUUCUAUAUGCAUAUAA